UUGCUUGCGUUGUAGUGGGAGGCGACGCAAGGUUGGAGUGGAGUGCGCUCGUUGCCCCUCGACAGCCAGUUGGAUCGGUUUGGACGAAAACAAUCUGGAAUGGCGUCGGGUGAAACAUUGUACAUAGAAACCGAUGGCUCGGAGAUGCCAGCUGAGAUAGUCGAACUGCAUGAAAUUGAAGUUGAGACUAUCGAGACGACCGUGGUCGGCGGAGAAGACGACGACGACGACGACGAAGACGAACAUCAGCCCAUGAUUGCGCUGCAGCCCCUGGUCACGGAUGAUCCUAACCACAUUCAUCACCAAGAGGUGAUCUUGGUUCAGACACGAGAAGAGGUGGUCGGCUGUGACGACUCGGAACUGCAUGCAAACGACAGUUUUGAGGACCAGAUCCUUAUUCCUGUCCCCGUUCCAGCCGCGGAGGAAGAAUACAUCGAGCAGACUCUAGUAACUGUGUCUGGCAGUGGCAAGAACACGGGUCGGCUGAAGAAAGGAGGCGGCAGCGGGAAGAAAGUGGUCAAAAAGAGCUUUUUAAGUGCGGCAGAAGCGAGCGGCCGGAAAUGGGAACAGAAGCAAGUGCAGAUCAAAACACUAGAAGGGGAGUUUUCGGUUACUAUGUGGGCAUCAGAUGAUAAAAAGGAUAUUGAUCAUGAGGCUGUGGUGGAAGACCAAAUCACAGGGGAGAACUCUCCUCCGGACUACUCUGAGUACAUGACAGGCAAGAAGCUCCCGCCUGGUGGAAUCCCUGGCAUUGACCUGUCAGACCCCAAACAACUGGCAGAGUUUGCAAGGAUGAAGCCACGGAAAAUGAAGGAAGAUGACUCUCCAAGAACAAUAGCAUGUCCCCACAAAGGUUGCACCAAAAUGUUCAGAGACAAUUCUGCGAUGAGGAAGCACUUGCACACCCAUGGACCACGUGUUCAUGUGUGCGCAGAGUGCGGGAAAGCUUUUGUGGAGAGCUCCAAACUCAAACGACACCAGCUGGUUCAUACUGGUGAGAAGCCUUUCCAGUGCACAUUUGAAGGCUGUGGAAAGCGGUUCUCAUUGGACUUCAACUUACGCACGCAUGUGCGCAUUCACACUGGAGAUAGACCCUACGUUUGUCCGUUUGAUGGCUGUAAUAAGAAGUUUGCUCAAUCCACCAACUUGAAGUCUCAUAUUUUGACGCACGCUAAAGCUAAGAACAACCAGUGAGUGGACUAGCUGGAGACAUGUAUAAAAGAGGACCCCAUGCAACACCAUCCAAUGCUUUAAACACUUUCUUUUGUAAGAAUAUCUACUGAUGUUUUAUCAAGAUAAGUAUUUGAAUUAUGAACUGACACCCAACUAGCCCUUAUGACACUUCAUAUGGUACAAACUGGACUGAAUUGCAUUACUUUUGGAAGUGUCUUCUUUUGAAGAUGUGAGUCUCUGGACCUUUAUCUACAGCCAAGAUUCUCAUUCUCCAGUGCCCAAAGAAUCUUAAUUUUUCACUCUGUGUCUGUUACCAGUCUACCAAGAAAAAGGAUUGCUUGAGUUGUCUCUUAAGUGUGCAUAUUGUACACUUUUUAGACAUCAGAUUUGUCUCAAAAUGCCCCCCCCCCCGAUUUGAUAUGUGAAUGUUCUUCUGCAAGGAGAUGCUAUUAAACUUUUUCCAGUUGAGAGGUAUCGUCCACAGAUAUCUCUUUUUGUAUAACUGUUCUGUACAAAAAUUUUGAAAUCAUGUAGAUAAUAGAGAUGUUAGAUUUGUGCUUAACCUAUUAAACUAAUUUUAUCCAGUUUCAAGUUAA